AUGCCUUUUCAUGAGAGGCAGGGUGGUUGGGGAGUCGGCCAGAGGCCGAACCCACCUACCAACCCCUUCGCCAACCCGACGCCGACGCCUUCGCAGCCAGUGAACCCAUUUGCACAGAUUCCACCCGCCGCGUCCAACGCACCCAACCCGUUUUUGCAAAAGCAACCUAACGGAGCGGUACCCGCGCCAAACCCUUUCUUAACUAAACGCGCGAACCCUUUCGCGAACUCUACAUCUACGGCCCAAAACAACCCAUUCGCUUCUUCUGGGCAAUCGCACAACUCAGCUCCUAGAGAACCGAAGUCAUUCGGAAAACCUAGCUUCGGACAAGGUUUUAAACCGACAGCCACCACCACCACCACUUCUACAACGCCAAACCCCUUCGUGAAACAACCUUCACCAUUUACUAGUGGUAGUGGAGCUAGAUCCACACCAAAUACGAAUGGAGUGAGAAAGAGUUCCGAAUAUGUCAAGCCAGCAUGGCCAACUCAGAGCCAAAAGGCAUCAGAUUCGGCACCUAAGAACCAGACUAAUGGAAAGCGAAAGAGCGAGAAUGAUUUCCAACGAAGGUCCAAAUUUUCGCGAAAGUCGCCAGACCCCGAAGUCGCCUCUAUUCGGUCUACCCGGGAUACCAAGAAAGAUACUUCGGUUGCGGUUGACAAACCGGCAAAUUCUAGGAGAGAGGAACCGGAAAAAGAUAACAUUAAGCCACCACGAUGGCCGGAGAAUCCAGGAAGUUUCGAGAACCGCCAUGCUAUAGAGCGCCUGCGCGAGACUCACAAAGCUUACCGAGAAAGGGCGAGGAAGUCGCUCAUGCGAGCAGGUCUGAUUGACGAUCCGGAUAAGAAGCGAAGACUUGACGAAGCGCUUGUCUUCAAGGGCAUUUGUGAAGAGAUGUGCCCUGAAUGGGAGCAAAUUACCCGCAUUGGAACAGAUGACCGAGGCGAACUUGUUCCGAUGCCUGAGCUGAUGGAUGCGCCGCUCCCGAUGGACGUCCGAUCAGUUAAUACACUUCGCAAAACAUUGGUUUAUUUAACCCAUCUUAUCGAGUCGGAUGACCUGCUACCUCAACGGCACAGCUUCCUUUGGGACCGUACUCGCGCCAUUCGGAUAGAUUUCUCUUUCCAGAAAUACGCCAUGACACCUGCGGAAAUCAAGGAUCAAAUCUACUGUCUCGAGACGAUCGCUCGUUUCCAUGUUACAUCGCUUCACCUACUCUCGCGAAGUGGUUUCACCCCCGUUGACUUUUCAGAGCAACAGGAAGUCGAGCAAUUAAGCAAGACCCUAAUUUCGUUGAUGGAAAAUGAGGCCGAGUUUCGAGGGUAUUUCAUAGACUGGGAUCGCCGGUUUGGAGAUGCCCAGGGAAUUAAAUCCGCGAUAUUCAUCACCGAAUGCAUCAAAAACGUGCAAAGGCUACAGGGCCCCUUACAUCCGGAAUCGAACACCCAGAUGACCACAGAUGUUGCCUCGUCAUUCUUCGAGUUCAUUAAGAGCCCGUUAAUACAUUUCAAUACUGUCCGUAAAGCGGUAGUCAAGCUUGUCAAGAGAUCAUGUUCAAGGCCUCGAUUCGGGCCGAAAGAUCUCACACCCGCCAUAUUGAAGCAGUAUCUAUACACUGAUACCGAAGAAGAGGCUGUCGAUUUCUUCACCAAACAUGGUUUUCAAUUCGAUGACGAUGGCAACUACCUGGUUCUCUUACCGCAUCCCUUUUCCGGAGAUAUUGUAGAACGCAAACGUUGCGGACAACCUUUCGCGGUGGUUGUUCACUCGACUGUCUCCGAAUUGGAUUUUGCAGCAGAUUCGCAUAUGAUAGGGGAAGUUAAUGAAGGAGACGACGAGAACGACAAUUUAUUUGUCACCGAUUCGCAGAGCGCCUCAUCAGAUAGCAACGAAGAAGGAGACAGCGAAGCCCAGGACAGUGAGUCCGGCGAGUCGGCAGCAAGCCCCCGUCCUCUUCCGGCGAUGCUCGGAAAUCACGUUGUCACCAGACAGAACACUGCUGCUCCUGUCGAACACCCGUCUACACUUACGGGGCAGUCUACCGCUCCUACCUUUGGACAACCCAACAUUGAUUCUAAGCUCCAAGAAUCCCCUUCCGUCCCUACUUCUACAACCUUGGGACAAAUUGGCACAUCGAUCUUCGCGCAGCCCAGCAAAGACAGCGGAGCUCAAUCUACCAGCUUCAUCCCUUCUAGUACAGCGCCUUCUUUGCCAAGUACUUCAGGGACCACGCCGUUUGGAAGUUUAACCAGCGCGUCCGACUCAUGGCCUCAAAAGCCACAGACACAGUCUACGGUAUCCGCGCCUAAGACAGUGAGAUUCGAUGAUAGGAUUUCAUUUGGGCAUGCUCCUACUCCCACAGACAAGGCGACUGCUACGCCGGGCGUGUUCGGCUUCCCUAACAAUAAUGGCGGGGACAAAGGUGCAGCAACCUCGUCGGCUUUGCCUAGUGCCAGUCCGUUCCCGGGACCUCUUUCAAACAAAGAAGGAUCCCAAUUACAAUUUUCUUCAGUUAUGUCUACGACACUAUCGCCUGUUGGCAGUCCAGUUCAGCCGACAAUUACUAGCCUUCCCGCAUUCCCGGCAUCUACAGCAACACAGCCGGCUGCUCCCGAGGUAGAAAACCCUUUCGCUGCCAGUCAAUCAUCCACAGUCGAUGUACCUACUAUAGCGCCUCCGGGUAGCUCGUUAAAGGAAGCAUCGGCGACACUAGCUCCCGAUUUCCUAUCGAAGACGCCACCUCAGAAAACGGCCCAGCGUGAUUUGAUGGGGGAUUUCACCAAGUGGUUCGUAUGCGGAGACAAAGGCUUAAUGGAGUCGCAGCUUGAGGAACUUGCAGUUGAGUAUAUACUCAAAGACACUUGGCAGGCUUUCCAAGAAUAUGAAGAGAAGCGCGCACAAAAAGAAGAGGAGGAAAGGUUGUUAGCUGAGGCACGCGAAUUUAGAGAGAAGAGUCUUAAAGUCAAGUUCUUCUAUCGUUGGAAGGAUGGCUUCCGGAAGCGACAACGUAUCAGGCGUAUGAGGAUGGAAAUGGAGAAAGGCAGGCAGUGGAAAUUGCCCGAGAACGUGGCAAAACGCGAACGAGCCGAAAAGGAUAAGCAAGCAAAAACUGUCAAGGAGGCGAAGGAUUCGAUGCUGAAGAGGAGUCGUCGUAACGUUCAAGAAGCCGCUCAUCUAAGGCACUCAGCCAGAUCAAGCGUGGAAUCAAGAUCUCAGAGCCUCGAAGAUGGGCUAGACGAGUCACAACUCGAGACCUCGAGCCGUCAAUCGAGAAUCGAGUAUAUUGAAGAUCAAUUACUCGCAACCGGAGUUUUCAACGGCGUGAGAGACGAGAGAGCCGCGGCUAGGUACGCCGCGAUGGGUAGUGAUCCCGAGUUUGAAAAGGAGAAAAAUCUCGAAAUGAAGAUACGACUACGAGCGGAAAACCAUGAUCGUCUCAAGCGCGGACUUCGUCCUCUUAAAGCGCUACCGGAACCGAAAGUUCAUAAGGAAGGGUCGAAGACAGCAAUGCUUAGGGCCCAAUGCCGCUUGGCUGAAAGAGGCGCCUCUCUGUAUAAGUCGACGGGGAGCUUCCGCUCCUCGCCUUUUAGCUCGAGCUAUCGUUCUAGUCUGGGUUAUAACAGCAACCGAGUCUCGAAAUCUCGAUCGAGAGUUACGGAUCCGUACUGGCGUCUUAAAGCCAACGGACUUGUACGAAUGCCCAAUGGCGAGUAUCUACAUGAAUCAAUAGCGUUGCCCAUAUUGCAAGGAGAUCAACGAACCUCCGGGCUGGGGAACUACGGAGUACUACCUAUCGAAUCUACGACCCCUGUCCAUUCACCGCCGCCCCUACCGAGUGGCUUCUUCUCGCCACCCAGCCAGACCGAUGGACUAGUACAAUCUAGAGAUACGCCUUCAAGUGGCGGAAGUCAGAAGCGAAAGCGUACCGCAGGCGAGGAAGAGUUGGCAUCAGUUGACUUCGGGACGCCCCCUAGUAUGAAGCGGAUUAGGAGCGAAGAGAGGGAUAGCCCUUCCGUCACAAACGCCGAAGCUCACCUCGCCGAUAUCGAGAGUCUUAUGAAGAAAGUCAAUGGCUUUAGGAGCUCGAUAUCGAAGAAAUCCUAA